AUGAUUUUUGUGCUCUUGCUAUUUCUGGUGGUCUCAUUUUCUCUUGCCGCUCCUCAGGGGGAAGAUGGAGUCUUUACAGCCUCAACUGUCGUGGAAGAGACUACGACGGUAUCGCCAACACCUAAGGCAACAACCACCAAAACUGGAAUUCCACCUAAGCCAACAAUCACCGAAGUGGUAAUUCCAGCGCAAGCGGAGGUUGAUUGCUCGGACUCAUCGUGGGUGCCAACUGUAGAUGCAUGGGUGAAGGAGGAGGUUGAUAAGAAGCUUAAGGAGUGGUGGGAGUCGAUUCCGGAUAGGGAUAGCAAGAACUUUGUUGCGGAGUUUGGGAAGGCUUUUGGGGACUCAGCGCAUAACAUUGCUUGCGGGGUGGAUACCGAGGACCAGUGUAUUAACCCGAGCUGCAAAGGUUUGUUUUUGUUUUACUCACUGGUCCUCUCCCCCAUCUCUUUGUUUUUUAUGUUCUGAUUGCCCCUUUGCUUAGUGUUCCGAGCUGCAAAUGCUCCCAAAUGGACAUACUUUGUCCGAGUUGCAAUCUCGAACCUAAAUCGGUUCAUGAGACUUCUUCACGUAUGCUCCUUCAUCUUCCAACUCUGCAUCCGAGUCGUCCAGUUGCGGUACUUAUCAUAUGAUACUAACCUCUGCAAAGGCCGGAAUAGGAGAUGGCCAGCUGGGGUUUGAAGCCCUACGCGAAGAGGUGGCAGAGGACUUCUUUCCCUGGAAAGAUACUCGUACAGACCUUGAAAAGGCAGCGCCAUGGCUUGCGGCGAUAUUUUCCACCGCAGCUGGGUUCGUCCCGUUUGGAUUCGCCGCGAAAGGAGUCGUGGGCAUUCUCAGCCAAGGGCUCAUCACUGGAGUUUCCACCUCUGGGGCUGCUUUUGCUGGAGCUGCCUUCACGCAAGUUAGUCUUGAUCCCGCGAUCAGGCCAAUGUUAGUUGCAUUUAUUUUUCUUCCCGUUUUCCUUCUGGUGUGGGAGAUAGGGUUAACCGGGGACAAGCAUCGAGAGGAUGCGACUAUUGAGCGAGCUGGGGGCGUUUGUGGCGGAUUAUUGUUCAACUGCGAGGGAUAUCUUGGGAAAGUGGUCUAUGGUGAUAUUCAAGGGGGGUAAGGACAGAUCUGGGAAGGAUAUUUUGUUUGUUCUUCACCCCCCCGCUUUGCCUUAGCUCUAAAUGUCUAACGUAGAGCAGUGCCUACCUCCGCGGCGGGCGAUUUGUCCUUCAUGAUCAAUGGACAAAGUCGGACCUGGAAAAGUUUUUCAAGAAGCGGCUUGUGGCUUGGUUCGUUAAUCAUGAAAUCAGGUGCGAACAACCUCCCCGGAUAUAGUGAUAGUUACUAACCCCCGCUGCAGGGAACACACCAAAACCUUCAUCCUCUGUGCAAACAGCACAAGCCCAGAUAGCGUUGUAUCCCCCUUAGAUUCGCAAUACAUAACCGGCAAUGGAACCCGUGUAUGCAGUCUCUACCGGUACUAUAUCUCUCCCAACUUCCUUCAUCGCAUUUUUUCUCCCGUGAACUGACCAAGUCCACCUACUACAGCCUCGAUGACGAAGGCAACCUCAAAGACCUUAUCGCAGUCGAAAAACUCGAGCAACCCCAAUACGGCAUCACAGCACGGGACAUGGUCCAGUCCAGUGUGGAGGCGUAUCUUGCCAAUGGUUUGGAUUACACUGCCCAAGAUAUGACGGAAAGGUUACAGAUCUCAGCAGCACUCCCUUCUGACAAGCAAUGGUUUGCGAAGGGUGCCGCGGGGGAGGGCGCGUUUACCAUCCCAAUUUGUGAUGUUGGACAUGAAACUGAAUGGAUGGGCAGGGGAUUGCCCUGCUGCUGCGGUAGGAUCGCUUUCUUUUCUUCCUUCCUCCGUUAGGAAUGCCAGCGCUGAUUGGAGUUUGGUGCUAGGCAUCGGAUGCAAGGACACAAAAUCCUUCAUGGAAGAGGUGAACAUGGGUGGCUUCGAUCCGGUCGAGCAAAAGUGCAGGGAGAUCUGCCCGGUGUGUGCUGCCGUGGAUUACGGUAAUGAUGCUUCUCGGUCGAAGCCUUCCGGAAGAGCACUCGUCGGGAUGUUUAUCGCUAUCGGGGCCGCCAGUUUCUGGCUUGGUUAACGAUUUCGUCCCCCCUUUUUUUCUUUCACAGGCCUAUCGAUCUAUCACAAUCGCAAAGCGCAAGAUUUUUUCUUUUUUCCCUAUAUCGUUCUUAUCGGCUGGGUUAUUUGUUUUCGUUUCGAUUUUCUGUCUGGAGGUUUUUUUCUUCUUUCCCUUUCUUGGGGGGGGGGGCCUAGGGACAAAUCUAAAAAAAUUAAAAAUUGGAGCAUUGGGGAGGAUUUUCUUUGUUAUUAUUGUUAUUAUUGUUUUCUUCUUCGCUCUUAUAUUCUACCCGUCCUCACAGCACUGUCUCUUCCUGUACUUUAUUUAUUCUUAUCCCUCCACUCCGUAUCUACUGAUUUACUAUCACUAUUUUUUAUUUUUUUCAUUUC